GAAGGCUGGUCUCUCUCUGCUGCUCCAGUAACUGGAGGCACAAGUUCCUUCUUCAUCAGCCUCAACUUCAUUUCUCAGAAAAACUGGGCUGAGUACCGCUGCUACAGCCAUGGCACCCAAAAAGAACAAGACAGCCAAAAAGAGUAAAGGAGACAUAAACGAUAUCAUGGUGGAAAACAGCCCCGUUAACAAGUUCAAUGGAUUAAACACCCUGAUAGAAGGAGGGAACGGCUUCAGCUGUAUCUCAACUGAAGUCACUGAUUCUGUUUAUGCCCCAAAUCUCCUGGAGGGCUUGAGCAACAUGAGACAAGAAAGCUUCCUCUGUGACCUAACAGUCACCACCAAGUCAACAUCAUUUGACGUCCACAAAAUCAUCAUGGCCUCUUGCAGUGAGUACAUUAGGAACACCUUGAAGAAAGACCCAACUCUUCAGAAGAUUGACCUGAAUGAGCUUUCACCGGUCGGCCUUGCUACUGCCAUCACAUACGCCUACUCAGGCAAGCUCACCUUAUCCCUCUACAGCAUCGGCAGCACAAUUGCUGCAGCCAUGUUGCUUCAGAUUGGCACGUUGGUAAAAAUGUGCAGCGAUUUCCUCAUGCAGGAGCUCAGUGUGGAGAACUGCAUGUAUGUGGCCAACAUUGCUGUUGCCUACGACCUUAAGGAAACCAAGGAAGCAGCUCAGAAGUUUAUGCGGGAGAACUUUAUUGAGUUUUCAGAAAUGGAGCAGUUCCUGAAGCUUACGUACGAGCAGAUCAACGAAUUUCUCUCUGAUGAUUCCUUGCAGCUGCCCUCUGAAGUCACAGCUUUCCAGAUUGCCAUGAAAUGGUUAGACUUUGAUGAGAAGAGGUUGAAGUAUGCAGCAGAUCUCCUGACUAACAUCCGCUUUGGCACGAUUGCCCCUCAAGACCUGGUGAAUCAUAUACAGAAUGUCCCUAGGAUGAUGCAAGACCCGGAGUGCCACCGUCUCCUUGUUGAUGCCAUGAAUUACCAUCUGCUGCCAUUUCAACAGAACAUCUUGCAGUCACGCAGAACAAAGGUCCGAGGUGGCCUCAAAGUGAUUCUUACAAUUGGUGGACGUCCUGCUUUGACCGAAAAGUCCCUCAGCAAAGAUGUUCUCUACAGAGACUUGGACCAGGUUUGGAAUAAGUUGACAGAAAUGCCAGCAAAGAGCUUUAAUCAGUGUGUUGCUGUGCUGGAUGGCUUCCUGUACGUGGCAGGAGGUGAGGACCAGAAUGAUGCAAGGAACCAGGCGAAACAUGCGGUUAGCAACUUCUGCAGGUAUGACCCUCGCUUCAACAAUUGGAUUCACCUGAACAGCAUGAUCCAAAGGCGCACCCACUUCAGCCUCAACACUUUCAAUGGCCUCUUGUUUGCCAUUGGAGGUCGAAAUGCUGAUGGAGUUCAAGCCUCUAUGGAGUGCUACGUGCCCUCAUCCAACCAGUGGCAAAUGAAAGCUCCCAUGGAGGUGGCACGCUGCUGCCACGCCAGCUCCGUUGUCGACGGCAAGAUUCUUGUAUCAGGAGGUUACAUCAACAACGCCUACUCUAGAGCUGUGUGCUCUUAUGACCCUGCCACUGACACCUGGCAUGAUAAGAGCAGUCUGAGCACACCUCGAGGGUGGCACUGCGCUGCCACCCUUGGAGAUCGAGCCUAUGUCAUUGGUGGCAGUCAGCUUGGAGGUCGGGGAGAGAGGGUGGACGUCCUCGUUGUUGAAUCUUACAACCCACACAACGGCCAGUGGAGCUACUGCGUGCCUCUUCACACAGGAGUCAGCACGGCUGGCAUUACCAUUUUGAACAACAAGCUCUAUCUCCUCGGAGGCUGGAACGAAGGUGAGAAGAAGUACAAGAAAUGCGUUCAGGUUUACAACCCCGACCUCAAUGAAUGGACUGAGGAUGAUGAGUUGCCAGAAGCUACAGUUGGCAUUUCGUGCUGCGUCGUCACUAUACCGACAAGAAAAACACGAGAGUCCAGAGCCAGUUCAGUUUCAUCUGCACCAGUCAGUAUAUAAGAAUCUAGAUUACAGCUAUGGUCUAGUUAACAAGUCUACAAAUCUCCAGUUUCUCAGUCUGCAAUCAUGGGUUUUUGGACCCUUCUAAUAAGUGGAACUCAGCUUCCUUUAUUUGGGCAAAGAUUGACAAAUUGCAAGGUACUUUUGUCUUUUUUUCCUUUUUCUUGAAAACAAUUUGAAACCGACGGAAAAUCAGAAAUGUUAUUUUACAUGCAUUUUGAUGCGAGAUGCCAGAUGAUUUUUUUUUUAAAGAUAAACAGACAAAAGUUGAUUUUUUUGGGGGUCCAAUUUAGCUUGAACGUUGUCUUUCAGCCAGCAUGUAUACCUAAUGCCUAAAAUUCAAGAAAUUUUUUAAGAAAAAAAUUGCACCUAUGCAACGUCUGAAUUUUGUAACAGCCCUUUUAGACGACUUUAGCUACAGGGACUCACGUACGGUACUUGAACAGAAGUUGGAGUUGGAAUAGGGGUUGGUGGCUCCUACCAGGAGUAAGUGCUUAAGAUUGUUGUUAACUCAGCCGAUGGUACAGCUGCAGUUUCUCUGUCAGCUGCAGCUUUCAGCAUGUAUACUACAUGUCAUAUGGCCACCAUAAGCACCAUUUGUAUGAUUUAACGAGAUUCUGUAUUUUAAAAAAUGGUGAGGAUUUAACGGGUUAAGAUGUAUCGGUAGUGAAUUAUUUUAAUUUGUAAAACAUAAUUUAAAAAACAUCAACAUGUGACUAAUGUUCUGAGCCUGAGCUUUUCCAGAAGUCCUGAAUUUUCUGAAUGCUCAUGUCUUUCCAUCUUAUGUUUGUUUUUAAAUUAAAAUGAUAAAAUGUAA